GCUAGAAAUAGGCAGCUAUUGUCACCCGGAAGCUCUUUAAAUCCCAACAAACAAUCAUGCUGCUUCUAGUGGUUUCGGUUUUUUGAAAAUUUAUCUCUCAUUCAUUAAAAUAAAUGUAUUUUAUAGUAUUUUUUUGUGACUGGAAUAACUCUAUUUUGUUUUUAUAACAUAAUAAUAAUCAAUUCAUUGAGCUGUUUCUAAAGUCUUUAUUUUAUAUAUUUCUAUUAGAAGUGAAAACCUUGAUAUAAAUUUAUUUUAAUAUCUGAAUCACAAAUAUGAACUUCAUAGGAUCUGUGCAUUAAACCUGUUAUUAUUUAAACAUAUCAAUUGGUUACUUAACUGAAACGUUGAUAUUUAUCAACUAUGCCUCUAGCUGAUUUCAUUGCUUCUCUGCAAAAUAAUCCAUAUUUUGGAGCCGGUUUUGGACUUGUUGGUCUCGGUGCUGGAUUAGCAGCACUGCGGAAAGCAUCUAUGUAUGGUAUGAUGUUUUUUCGACGACAUUACAUGAUUACAUUAGAAGUUCCAUGCAGGGAUAAAAGUUAUCAAUGGAUUUUGCAGUAUAUCACAAAUCAAGCAAGGAAUACUCAACAUCUAAGUGUUGAGACAAGUUAUAAGCAGACUGAUACUGGAAAAAUAUCAACUUCUUUUGAAUUUGUGCCAAGUGUUGGAACUCAUUAUUUUUUUUAUAAAGGCACAUGGAUCAAAGUUGAUAGAACACGAGAACAGCAAACUCUAGAUUUACAUUUAGGAAUACCAUGGGAAUCUGUUAAGCUAACAGCAUUAGGAAGGAAAAAGGACACAUUUUUUGAAUUGUUGUUAGAAGCCAGGAAGCACUAUUUGAAGCAAGAAGAAGGAAAGACAGUUAUUUUUCAAGGUAUGGGCUCUGAGUGGAGACAAUUUGGACAUCCUCGAAAACGCAGACCCUUAUCAUCGGUUAUUUUGGAUGAAGGCGUUGCUGAACGAAUAUGCAAUGAUGUAAAAGAAUUUAUCAAUACUCCAUCUUGGUACAUAGAUAGAGGUAUACCAUACCGAAGAGGUUAUUUAUUGUACGGUCCUCCAGGUUGUGGGAAAAGUAGUUUUAUUACAGCAUUAGCAGGAGAGCUUGAGUAUUCCAUUUGUAUUUUAAAUCUCAGUGAAAGAGGUUUGUCAGAUGAUCGGUUACAGCACUUGAUGAGUGUUGCACCUCAGCAAAGUAUAAUUCUUCUUGAAGAUAUUGAUGCUGCAUUUGUCAACAGGGAGGAGUCACAUGCAACUAAAGUUGCUUAUGAUGGACUGAACCAAGUAACCUUCAGCGGUCUACUUAACAUGUUAGAUGGAGUUGUAUCUACGGAAGCACGCAUUUUAUUUAUGACAACCAAUUAUAAAGAAAGAUUAGAUGCUGCUUUGAUAAGACCAGGAAGAGUUGAUGUUAAAGAGGAAAUUGGAUAUGCAACAUCUCAUCAGUUGAAGUUAAUGUAUAAAAAAUUUUACCGUGAAAGUGGCGAAAGUGAUGCAGAAAAUUUUGCAAAUGCUGUAACACACGUUAAAAACAAUGUCAGCAUGGCUGAAAUUCAAGGGCAUUUUAUGUGUUUUAAAAAUGAUCCAAAAGGUGUAAUAGAUAACGUUAAUUUAUUAGGGAAAUCGUGAUAUAUUUUUAGAAAAUAAAGCUGUUUUAAAAUA